UGGCUGUGGGCUGUGGCAGUUACAGUUUAGGGCCCAUCGGGGAAGAGAAGAGAAAGAAGGAGAAGGUAGUGGUUGUUAAUGGCAAUCUUCGCUUCCUUUCUCUCAUGUUCUCCUCUUCCUCUUCCUACCAUACGAUGUCAUUGCGGGAUUUCACCUGCUGGGCCUUUCACUGUUAAUUAUCCCACUAGGUGUUUUAUCAAAUCUUCAAAUCUAAGAACCCUAGUUUUAGCUUCUUCUACCGGUGGGGAAUUUAUUGCUGGCUAUGGGAAUUCACGGUCGAAGAAAUCAGUUCUCUCAAAUUUGAUACAUGAGAUAGAGCCUUUGGAUGUGAGCCUUAUUCAGAAAGACGUUCAACCUACGACUAUAGAUGCCAUGAAAAGGACCAUUUCGGGAAUGUUGGGUUUGCUUCCAUCUGACCGAUUUCAGGUUAUGAUAGAUGCGUUAUGGGAACCACUCUCCAAGCUGUUGAUUUCUUCAAUGAUGACCGGGUAUACAUUGCGGAAUGCUGAACAUUGGCUUUGCCUUGAGAAAAAUCUUGAAAUCUAUGAAGGACAUAUUUAUAAGCAAAAUACUGAAGAUUCUAAACUUGAAGGUGAAGGUUUGUUGAUCAAUGAAGAUGGAGUGAGCAAAAUUUUCAGACAAGACAACUUGCCAUUAUCAGAGACAACCAGUGAAAUUACAUCAAAGAUUCCAGAUCUUGGGGAAAUGUCUCUUGAAGCUCGAGAAUAUAUGUUGAGAUUGCAAUCUCGUUUAUCUUCUGUCAGAAAGGAGCUCCACGAAGUUAAGAGGAAAUCUGCAGCUCUACAGAUGCAACAGUUUGUGGGGGAAGAAAAGAAUGACUUGUUAGAUUAUUUAAGAUCUUUGCAACCAGAAAAGGUAGCGGAGCUUUCAGAACCGACAUCUCCUGAGUUGAAGGAUGCGAUACAUUCUGUAGUACAUGGUCUCUUGGCUACCCUUUCUCCUAAGAUGCAUUCAAAGGCACCUGAUCUCUCUGACGACCCAGCUAUAGGAACCAUAAUAAUUGAAACAGAAGAAGACUGCAUUGAUCUUGUUGAAAACACUUCCCUUCAAUUCCAGCCCCUUAAUUGUUUGACACGUGAUUAUCUGGCACGCCUGCUGUUUUGGUGCAUGUUGCUGGGACACUACCUUAGAGGCCUAGAAUAUCGGUUGGGGCUUAUGGAACUUCUGUCCUUGCCUUGUGUGGAAGAGAAUGGUAGUACUGAAGAGUGAAUAAGUUAGUUAACAACAGCUUUAAUUUACUCAGUUACAUGUGUAUAUACAUAUUUGUCUGUUAUCCAAAAUAGUAACUAUGUUAAUAUGUACAUGUAACAAUAUGAUUUGUUUUCCAUGUAGAAUAAUAUGUAGAACCAAAACUUGCUAGUUCAUACCUGUAGAAAUAAGAAACUUGUGUGAUUUUAAGUGAACAAAUUCCAAGACC